UCUGGUGAAGCAGUCAAGAGUUGCGAUAGUGCUCCGGUCGACUGCGUCCCAUUUAACUCCCUCCAAGUCCUUCAGUAGCGUAAAGUCCCGCGCACGUCAUUUACGCGUUAAAGUCUCCAACGACUGAGGCGUCUUUAGAGCAUCGCUCGCUAAGUGAACUCGGUGAGCUCCCCGUGCAGAAGAGGCAGGAUGGAUUUGACGUUUCUGCUGUGUUUGGCGAUGAGCGUCGGGUCCUGGUUCGCAUGUGCGGAGAGACACAGCGUCUACUGGAACGGCUCCAAUCCGAACUUCCUGUUGGAGGAGUACGCAGUCGAAGUGCGCAUCAACGACUAUCUGGACAUCGUCUGCCCGCACUACGGCCACGGCGAGGUGUCAUCGCACGCGGCCGAGCGCUACGUGCUGUACAUGGUGGAGAAGGAGGACUACGAGGUGUGCAAGCCUCACUCCUUCGACCAGCUCCGUUGGGAGUGCUCGCGGCCGUUCGCCCCCCACGCCCCCGAGAAAUUCUCUGAGAAAUUCCAGCGUUUUACUCCCUUCACCCUGGGCAAGGAGUUCCGACAGGGAGAGAGCUAUUAUUAUAUCUCCAAGCCAAUGCAUCACCACGGCCAGGACUGCCUGAGGCUGAGGGUGGACGUGGUCGGACAAAACGGCGCCGGAAAACACGGCGGCGGAAAGCACAACUUGGAGAAAGUCAAGGCGGGAAAUGCAAAAGAAAAUAUUGAAAAAGUGAAGUUAGGUGCUGCUGGAGGAGUUCACAACCCUUCUAACCGGCUCCCAGCAGACGACCCUGCUGUGAUGGAGCCAAAGGUUCAGAGGAGCAUCGGCAGUUCAGGAGCGCAGCUGGUCUCAUUUUCACUUGUCCUGACCACCAUCUCGGUGCUGUUGGCCCAGACGCUACACUGAGGCUGAGCAAAGGCAAAGUGCGACAGAGACAAUGCAAACUCAAUGCUGGUCAUUGGGGACCAUGAACCGAUUUUUUGGGGACAGUUGCGUCAGUGUGCGUUUUGAGUGUGUGGAAUGUGGAUCGUUCCGAAGAGGACUUUUUAUUUUUUUAUUAUGUGGAUGACAAUUCUCAUUUGACCUUUUUUUUUUUUUUUUAAACUACACUCGUUUUCCUUAUGAACAAAACUGCAAGCAAACUGAUCAAAAUACUAACGGAUUGUUAUCAAUUUGAAAAUGACAAGUUUAUUGUCAGUGUCCUGUGUGGUUUUUUUUUUUUUUUUUUUACCAUUGGUACAGAUUACACUCCUUAUCUCCAGCUUUUAACGUCAUUUUUGUUAAUUUGUAGCAUUCAACUCCCCGAUGCAUCACCUCCCGUCUGUUAUAUCUCUUUAGUCUGACAAAGAAUCAGUCGCUGGGGUUGAGAUAAACACUGCUGAACGGUUUUAGGGAGCUGAGCCUCCUCAGUACUCAUUUCUACAGCACAUGGUACACUGGCUGACGCACAGCUGUGAUUCCACUUGCACAUUGUGAAACCUCCAACUGAAUGGACUUCCAAGAAUACAUUUUCAGAUGUAUAUUUUCAUGUUAGCUUGUUUUGCUUUUUGUAAAUGUUUAUAUGUAAAUGUGUAUAUAGAGAAAAUUAUAAGAAACCGUUUCAAGAUGUGAAAAUAUUUCGUAAAAUAAAGUUGUGAUUGUUAUGAAAA